GGCUGUGCUCAGAGUCCCCGGAUGAGCCUGAGAGGAGGCAGGUGUAGAUAAUACCUGGCUUUGGAAGUGACUUCUCUUAAAAUGUCGGCACUAAGUGAUUGCUCACAUCUGGAGUCUGUUGGUGAGAUCACUAAGGAAGACUUAAUACAAAAAUCUCAUGGCACUUGCCAGGACUGUAAAAUAAAAGGACCAAAUCUUUGGGCAUGCUUAGAGAAUCGAUGCUCAUAUGUUGGUUGUGGAGAGUCUCAUAUAGAUCACAGCACCAUACAUUCUCAGGAAACAAAGCACUGUCUGACUGUUAAUCUUACAACUCUACGUGUCUGGUGUUAUGCAUGUAGCAAAGAGGUUUUUCUGGACAGAAAACUGAGAUCUCAUUCUUCACUACAAAAUGUACGACUGUCUCAUCAAGCUCCAGACAUCAUUAUACAGGAUAUUAGGUUGCCUAGUAUCCCAACACUGAAAAUUUCUCUGAUUGCAACAUUUGAUGAGCUAGAUACACAGGUAGAUGAAGAAGAUGAAUUCAAGGCGAGAGGACUAACAGGCUUGAAAAACAUUGGAAAUACCUGUUACAUGAAUGCAGCUUUACAAGCUCUUUCAAAUUGCCCACCAUUGACACAGUUUUUUCUUGACUGUGGGAACUUAGCUCGGACUGAUAAGAAACCAGCUAUUUGCAGAAGUUACUACAAACUCAUGACAGACCUCUGGCAUAAAAGCAGGCCUGGAGCUGUUGUCCCCACAAAUUUAUUCCAAGGAAUCAAAACAGUUAAUCCAGCAUUUCGAGGCUAUACUCAACAGGAUGCUCAAGAAUUUCUGCGUUGUUUAAUGGAUUUGCUACAUGAAGAGUUAAAAGAGCCUGUUUUCACAAUAGAGGAUACUAACCCAACAAAUGUAGAAGAGACGGGAGAAGAAGAGAGGAGCCAAUCAGAUGGAGAUUUUGAUUCAUGUGGUAACACAGACAAGGAAGACAGUGAAUCUUGGUCAAAACCUGUGGUGGAGAACCAUGCAGAAGAUGCUAUGUUAAUAGAGGAUGCUGAAAAUGUAUCUAAAGACUAUCAAAAAGAGAAAUCCUUGUCUGCCAAGAUGAACCCAGCAAGCUCUGUGGAAAACACAGAAAAAGACAUAAACACUUUCUUUGAAAUGGCUGAACUUUUGAAUAAUCAAGAAACAGUAAAGGUGCAAAUACACAGCAGAUACUCAGACUAUGUAAAUGAUGUCCAUAUGAAUGAUGUGUCGAUAACACAGAGCUUUCCUUCAAAAGAUGGGGGUAAUGCACGCCUAUCAACCAGCCCCCCUAAGUCGGGUUCCUUCUGGUCUGGACUGGCACCUCCACACAAAAAGGCUAUCUCUCCCUCUAAAAAGAAGAAACACAAAAAAUACAGAAGUGUUAUUUCAGACAUAUUUGACGGAACUAUUGUAAGUUCAGUACAGUGUCUGACAUGUGAUCGGGUGUCAGUUACCUUGGAGACUUUCCAGGAUUUAUCAUUGCCUAUUCCAGGUAAGGAAGACCUUGCUAAGCUGCACUCAGCAAGUCAUCAGACAUCUCUUGUCAAGGCAGGGUCAUGUGGUGAAGCAUAUGCUCCUCAAGGAUGGAUAGCAUUUUUUGUGGAAUAUUUCAAAAGCUGGUUUUGGGGCCCAACAGUUACCUUACAAGAUUGUCUUGCUGCCUUUUUUGCUAGAGAUGAACUGAAAGGUGACAAUAUGUACAGCUGUGAAAAGUGUAAAAAGUUAAGAAAUGGAGUAAAAUUCUGCAAAGUUCAACACUUUCCUGAGAUCUUAUGUAUUCAUCUCAAAAGAUUCAGGCAUGACCUUAUGUUUUCUACAAAAAUUGGGACUCAUGUGUCCUUUCCCUUGGAAGGGCUUGAUCUUCAGCCUUUUCUUGCUAAGGACAGUCCAGCUCAAAUAGUGAUAUAUGAUCUUUUAUCAGUCAUCUGCCAUCAUGGAACUGCCAUCAAUGGCCAUUAUAUAGCCUAUUGCCGGAAUAACUUAAAUAAUCGAUGGUAUGAGUUUGAUGAUCAGAGCGUCACUGAAGUAACAGAAUCUACUGUCCAAAAUGCAGAAGCUUAUGUUCUCUUCUACAGAAAAAGCAAUGAAGAAGCCAAAAAAGAGAGACAGAGGCUGUCAAAUCUUAAUGUGAUGGAACCAAGCCUCCUCCAAUUUUAUAUUUCCCGACAGUGGCUGAAUAAAUACAGGACUUUUGCAGAGCCGGGACCUAUUUCAAAUAAUGAUUUCCUCUGUAUACAUGGAGGAGUUCCACCACACAAGGCUACAUCCAUUGAGGACCUGGUUGUAAUGCUGCCUCAGAACAUUUGGGAUAGCUUGUACAGCAGGUAUGGUGGAGGACCAGCUGUUAACCAUCUGUAUGUUUGUCAUACCUGCCAAGUGGAAGCAGAGAAAAUAGAGAAAAGAAGGAAGACAGAACUGGAAAUGUUUAUUCGGCUCAAUAAGGCAUUCCAGGAAGAAGAUUCUCCAUCCAUAUUCUAUUGUAUCAGUAUGCAGUGGUUCAGAGAAUGGGAAGGGUUUGUGAAAGGCAAAGACAGUGAUCCUCCAGGACCCAUUGAUAAUGCCAAAAUUGCUGUCAGUAAAUGUGGUACAGUUGUUCUGAAACAAGGAGCUGAUUCUGGACAGAUUUCUGAAGAAACAUGGAAUUUUCUACAAACAAUAUAUGGGGGAGGACCAGAAAUCAUAUUGAGGCCGCCUGUUGCUCAAAUUGAACCUGAACCACUACAAAGUGAAGAUAAGAUUGAGUUAGAAACACGUGGUCUGUAGCCAUCAAGGGUGUAUUUUUAGGAGAGAACUUCCACUCAACAUACAUUCCCAAGAUCUUUUGUUUUGCUGUUUUGUCUGUGGGGUGACAAGACAUUGGGCAUUAAUUCAUCUGUGGAAAAUGAAUUGAGAUUUGUAGUAUACACAUUCUAAAAAUGUAUUAGAAUUUUCAGAGACUGGUCUUCACUUGAAAAUGUAAUUUUUGUCCCAUUUAAUUGUAACUAUGUGAAGUAUAGAUGGAAGAUUUAGCCAUUCUUUUAAACAGAUCUAUAAAUUUACAGACUCUUUCAAAUCAAAUUUAGUCAAGACAAGAUUAAAGGAUCUUGAGAACUAUUUGGUGGAAAGAUAUUAAAUUUAACAAAUAAAAAUAUGGUUCUAAUUUCCUAUGAAAACUCAGGAAAAGUUAGGUUUUGCUUUUGUUUGCACUACAGUUUUGAAGAAACAUAAUGAACUAAAAAUUAUCAAAUGCUUUUGUUUUGGGAUAUCAGGUAUGUGAAUGAUUCAGAUAGGAUUGCUUUCAUCAGCAGAUAUUAAUAAGUUUCUGUCUAAUGUUUAAGAUAAUUUUUGACAUAUAUAAGCUCAUAUAAUCAAUAGUAUAUGUAUGUAAACAACCCCAUUGUUGUGAAGAGUGUUUUUGAGAGCAUGAGGUGGGUGUGUUUGUUGCUUGUGCUUUGGAGGUAAUCUCUAGUCAUUUUUAAUGCACUGUUUCAUCUGGAAAGAAAUAUUGUACAGUUAUGCAAUGCUCAUUGGCAUGAUUUAUUAUGUCAGAUGUUGACUUGAACACAUGCAAGAAGAUUGCAAAAGCAUUCUUGAUUAUUCAUAUUGAAGUGUUGAAUGUCACCUGAAUGUCUUUCUUCCUGUAUAUUGCUACCAUAUUAGCAAUAUUAUUAAAUGCUAGCUCAAUAAAAACAGUUUUUUAAAUGGUAA